AUGUUUGCAGGUGCUGAAGGUGCCGUAGGUGCUCAUAGUGAAAUGCGAUCACUGUUUCAAUAUGAACUCGGUAUUGAUGUCAAAAUGAACAAUCGACUAUAUGGUAGAUAUGGCCAAAUAUAUUAUAAUGCAGAAUGGAUAAGAAAGAAUAAAUCAUCGAUUAUAUUAAUUGUAAUAAAUACAGAAACAGCUGAACAUCAAGUUUCAUUCUAUCUUGAACUUAGGUCUCAUAAACAUAUUGUUCAUACAUAUGGUUUAGUAAAAAAUGAUCGUCGAUCGACAAUAUUAAUACAAGAACGUGCUCCACAUGGUAAUCUUCUAAAAUUGUUACAAACUCAACAAUUUAAACCAUCUGCAAAGAUGCUUAAAAUAAUUUUCUUACAAAUUAUUGAUGCUACGAUUUAUAUUAUUGACCAAGACAUUAUACAUGGUGAUUUACGUUGUGCUAAUGUUCUUGUCUUUGAGAUGAGUCCAUUUGAGACAAAAAGAAAUCUAGUUAAACUAACAAAUUUUUCUUUAACUUGUACAAAUGAUCCAUCGUUUAAAAAUGAUAGACAAACAUCAAUUUCAAUUCGAUAUGAUGCACCAGAAAUUGUUAAAAGUAAAGGGCAAUCAGACUAUUCUGAAUUUUCGGAUGUAUAUUCGAUG